CCCCGAAGGGCCCGGAAGCGUGUGGAAGGCGGCGCCAGCUCCAACGUCUUCUCCAUGUUCGACCAGAACCAGAUCCAGGAGUUUAAGGAGGCCUUCACCAUCAUGGACCAGAACCGUGAUGGCUUCAUCGACAAGGAGGACCUGAGGGACACCUUCGCUGCCCUGGGCCGCAUCAACGUGAGGAACGAGGAGCUGGAGGCCAUGGUGCGGGAGGCCCCGGGGCCCAUCAACUUCACCGUCUUCCUGACCAUGUUUGGGGAGAAGCUGAAGGGAACAGACCCCGAGGAGACCAUCCUCCACGCCUUCAAGGUCUUCGACGCGGAGGGGAAGGGCUUCGUCAAGGCCGACUUCAUCAAGGAGAAGCUCAUGACCCAGGCUGACCGCUUCAGCGAGGAUGAGAUCAAGCAGAUGUUCGCGGCGUUCCCUCCAGACGUAUGCGGCAAUGUGGACUACCGGAGCCUGUGUUACAUCAUCACGCACGGCGAGGAGAAGGACUAG